AUGACACGGCUUCCGGCCCAACAGUUUCAGUUUGAAGCUCCCAUCGACAGAGGUCACCUCAUUAGCCAUUGGUCACCAGUUUUCGAUUCUCACGACUCCUUCCUUUGUUUCCGAAAUGAAAUACCAGAUAAUGCAUAUAUUGAAUAUUUUGCCCCAGAAUACUCAUUGAAGAUUCCAACUGGAAACAUGGACAACUUAAAUAGCAAGUCCUAUCUUGGCACAAUCAAAAUGCAAGUGUUGGAAAAUUUACGUUGCAUCCAACAUGCUCCAAGUGUACAAAUGCAAGAGGUUCCACCUGAUUUCUACAUCCCUGAUUUUGAUGAAGAUGAGCAGAAUCCUGAUGAACGGGUGGAUCAGCAUACUCAAGACAAGCAGAUCCAACGAGAUGAUGAAUAUUAUGAGGGUGACAAUGAUAAUGAUCACAUGGAUGAUACAUAAUAUUUCCAGUUGCAUAAUUUUAGUUAUAUCUUCAAUUUUUUUAGGGGAUAGAUUUUUGAUUUACUGGGAGAAGUUAUUAGAGACCAAAAUCUGGUCAGAGAUCUUUUUUUCCUCUAUUGUAAAUACUGUGUUCCAUUCACGUAAUUUUCAUGUAAAACACAAUAUAUCAUAUGGAUGUUCCGUAUAGGAGGGAUUCGAACUGAACCUUCAUGUGUUCCAUGUGUUUGUGCAUA